CGAAUUGUGGUCAUGCGCAGUUGGUCAGCUGUUAGCAGCUGCGUUGUAAACGAGAAGACAGGAUUGACUGUUUUCAUUUUUGGUUUUGAAUCUAUAUUUGUUACAAAUGGCUGGUACUGCGUUGAAAAGACUUAUGGCUGAGUAUAAGCAACUGACUCUAAACCCUCCUGAGGGGAUAGUUGCAGGUCCAGCAAAUGAAGAGAACUUCUUUGAAUGGGAGGCUUUAAUUAUGGGUCCUGAGGACACUUGUUUUGAGGGUGGGGUUUUCCCGGCCCUCCUGUCCUUCCCGUCAGACUACCCCCUCAGCCCACCCAAGAUGAGGUUCACAUGCGACAUGUUCCACCCAAACAUUUACCCAGAUGGCAGGGUGUGCAUUUCUAUUCUGCAUGCUCCUGGGGAUGACCCUAUGGGCUACGAGAGCAGCGCCGAGAGGUGGAGUCCUGUCCAGAGUGUGGAGAAGAUCCUACUGUCUGUAGUCAGCAUGUUAGCAGAGCCCAAUGAUGAGAGUGGAGCCAACGUUGAUGCGUCUAAGAUGUGGCGUGAGGAUCGGGAGCAGUUCUACUCCCAGGCUCAACAGAUCGUCCGCAAGUCCCUGGGUCUCUAAUAGCAGUGACAUCAGGUCCCAAAUGGCAUCCUAGUCCCUAUAGAACGUCUUGCUUAUGACCCGAGUCCUCUACCGUAGUAUAUAGGGCUUAGUGUGCUGUUUGGAACCGCUCUCUUUCUGGAUCUACUGCUUCAUUUCACUCAUGACGUCACCGGGAUAAUGUCACUAAGGACAGGAAGUUGUCACGAUUUGACCGGAAGGUUUCGGGAGACGACAGUGGACAUCAAACUAGCUGGUGACCAUGGAGACAGAGAUGACUGAUGCCCUGGGGUACCAUGUGACCACCAAUUAUUAACUCAGAAGACCUGUUUGUUCAGUUCACAGCAUUGUCUCUCCCCUGUCUCUCUCUUGCCUGUCUCUCUUUUUCUCCCUGUCUCUCUCACGUCUCUCUCUUUCUCACCUCUCUCUCUUCCUGUCUCUCACCUCUUUUCCCUUGCUCUCUCUCUCUGUCUCUCUGUCUCUCUGUCUCUGAUGCACUUUAUUUGUAUCCAAAGGAAUAAUAUUUUUAGGAGUGUUACUAUCAGAACGCCACUAUUCACCUUGCUCCAUAAUGACCUAGAGGUGCUGGGUCUCAUUGGACUCGUAAAUAAAUAAUAAAAGCGUUUUGAAAACGUGUCAAUGCUCCAUAAUAGACAAUACCUUUAUUAAAUAAUAAAAGCGUUUUGAAAACUUG